UGGCGCUGUACGUGUAGUCUCGCAGUGUUACGGUCGGGAAUUCACGCGGCCCUGUGUUUGUAGCUCUCAGCUAUGAGAAGACUUCUUUAGACACAUGGAGCCCAUACGCUUUAGACCACCACUGUAUGAACAGCGAUAUGAAUUUGUGAAAUCUUAUAUUCAUACUCACAAACCCCAAAAGGUUGCAGAUUUGGGAUGCAGUGAAUGCUCACUUCUGCACAAGCUGAAGUUUCAAGACUGCAUUGAGGAGCUUGUUGGUGUGGACAUUGAUGAGGAUGUAUUGAAAAGGAAAGGGUACACCUUAACUCCUCUCCCAAUGCAUUACCUGGAGCCUCUGGAAAGGCCAUUGACUGUGACUUUGUAUCAUGGAUCGGUGUCUGAGAAGGACCCUGCUCUGCUUGGUUUUGAUCUGAUAACUUGCAUUGAGCUGAUCGAACACCUGGAAUCUGAUGUCCUUGAAGAAUUCCAGGAUGUACUGUUCGGUUUUAUGGCUCCUAAUGCUGCAGUGAUCAGCACUCCAAAUGUUGAGUUUAAUGUCUUACUGUCUGAAAAUCCACGCUUCAGACACCCAGACCACAAGUUUGAGUGGAACAGAAAAGAAUUUCAGAGCUGGGCAAUGAAUAUAUCUAGACAGUAUAAUUACACAGUAGAGUUUACUGGGGUUGGAGAGGCAAAACCAGAAAGUAAAGACGUUGGUUACUGCUCCCAAAUUGGAAUAUUCAGGAAGAACUACACCGAGAGCGAGGAAUCCAUGAAUAACAAAAAGAACUACAAAAAUUGUUAUAAAAGAGUUCUUCAGGUAGUAUAUCCAAGUAUUCGAGAGGAGAAAUACCUACGUAACGUAGUACUGAACAUUGCUCUCUCCCAUGCAAACCGAAUGAAAAGCAACUUUAUACAAAAUCUUUUUCCUGAAGAAGAGGACAAGACCAACACAGCAGACAAUGAAAAGGAGCCAUAUGUAAUGUCGCAUUGGUGUUCUAGUCUUCAAAAUCUAGCAGAAACUAUGGAGAGCAAAGACAAUCCACCAUACCUGGAAGGAGAUGCUAUUCAUGUACCACUUCAAACUCUUUUUUCUAUUCCUAAGGUGAAGAAACUUUGUGGAAGUCUUGAUGUCCUCCAAAAUAUGAUGACUGGAGAAAUGCCACUAAGCAGUGAUAGGAGCGCCAUUGUAUAUCCUCUUCAUGUAGAGAAUGAUUUGGAUUCUGAUAUAAGUGAUGAGUGAUAUAAGUUAUGCUAAAUACAGCUUUUUCUUUUUUUAACUGAUGCCCAUGUUUGAUCUGCGUCCAGAGAGUAAUACAUUUCUGAAGAAAUUUAACACAUUCAUAUUCAUGUUCAUAUUCACCUCUCUGGUGAACUACAUGGGUAAAUAAUGGUUAAAGAAGCACUCCCACAGAAAUUGUAUUCUCUGGCCCUUUAGAAAGGUACAUGAUGCAAAUUGUAGUGAAGGUAAUCUUCUUAUCUGUGACUGUAGUUGUGAGUUAUAACCUCCCUUCUGGU